AUGAUGCUAGGUUGGAUCGUAACCUGCAAAACCGGCAGGUGUGGUUGUGGUGCGCCGGGGGGUGUUUGUCCGGGGGGCGGCCGGGCUGCACGCUGCACCGCGCCAAGGUGUAUCGCGUCGCUGCGACCUCGUUCCGAGGCGAGUGCGUCUCGUCGCGUGUCGCCCUCGCGCUUUGCAGCGUUAUGUAAAGUGCUGAGACUGUGCAGCGCGAGCGUUGCGCUCGACCGCGUGCGCGUCCCCCCGCACCUCGCCAUUCCGUCCGGCGGCAGGCGCGCGGCGGGCGGGCGGCGGCGCGGGGAGGGUGAGGCGCGGAGGUCGCGCGCCUCCCGCCUCCGCCCUCCGAGACGCGUCGCGCUCUGGCACUCCGCGACCGGCUCAGUCGUCGAGCGGAGUUCGUCGGCACCGGUUGGCUUCGAGCCCCGGUCCGAUACAGUGACGUAUCGUACGACUCCGGCCACCAGCGCCGCCAGUACUGCGAUCGCACGGUGCUGCCAUUUCGGGAGUUCGCGGUUCCGCGGGUGCGUUCGACGGUCACGAACGCGGCCGGCGGCUGCGGACGGAAAUAGCGUUCGUUAUCAUCGCGACCUCGCGGCGAGACAAGAUAGCGCGAGGUCGGCGGCACCUGCGCCGCCCCACGUGCGCUCCGCUGCAGCCGACAAU